ACCAAGUUAUUUACAAGGCCAAAAUGAACGGUCCCGUCAGGACGACUGUAUUGAAAAGAUGCAACUGAAUUUCUUUACUCCAAACACCCCCUAUUCAAACCGCCACUGCCCGACGUCACGGCGCCGAUAAACGGAAACACGCGUUGGGGCCAGGGAAGGUCCAAGCACGACUGCUCUCCCUCUCCUCCUUCAAAAGAGCGCACCGACAGGUGUAAAACGGCUACACAAAAGAGACUAGUCUGCUGGUCGCCCUCGGGAAACGCACAGAGCUCACAGGUACUCACUCGCUCACCGGCUCUGGUUGCAAGCACGUCUGCAUGGAACAUGCCCCAGUAGUCGGAUGUCUUCUUUUGGGUGUACUUUGUGAGUCUUAUAUCUUCCCCUCUACAAUAAUCGCCAUUGAUACUCCUGUCCCAGUCAACACAUUUCUAUUCGGUAUAGUAUCGCAAAGAUAUGUCGUUUACUUUGCUUCGGGUCAUGCACGUCCCGAAGAGCGAAAUACCAUAAAGAUGAUGGUCUCCCUACUGUGUCUCCUCGACACCGUCUUCACUAUUUUACAAGCUUAUGGGGCAUGGCAUCUCAUCAUCGCUAACUACGGCAAUGCAUCGAUGGGUUCAGCAACAAUACCUUGGCCCGUUUGCUUGAACCCGAUUGCGACGGAAUGUACCGCCAUGGCGACGCAGAUGUUUCUGACUUCGCGCAUUUGGCGAUUGCACCGCAGCCAUCUGCUAGUUGGAAUAUCCAUUUUCUUAGCAUCAAUGUCUUUUGUGGUUGGUUUCGCGGGGGCCGCGGAGUUGCUGAUAUUCAGACUGCACGCAGACUCGUAUACUCAAAGGGGCGCUCGUGGCAUUCUAGGCUCGUUGGUCAUUUCAUGGUCAGCCCUCCAGGUCGCUACAGACGUGUUCAUUACAGCCAGUCUUAUCGUCAUCCUAUGCAGGGCCCGCAAAGGCCUAGCUACUGCAAGCGCGCGACGAAACUACGGACGAAUCAUUGACACGCUCAUUCACGGCUCCAUUCAGACAGGCGUUCUUGCCGGGGGGUGGGCAAUCGGUACUUUCGUCGCGGUGAUUGCUUGGCCCCAAAGUGAUCUCUCCGGUGCCAUAUCGAUCUGUCUAGGCCGUAUAUACACGAUUACUUUGCUUGACAUACUCAUGGGUAGCACUCGCGCUGGAACUGAUACGGAUGACACAACCUCAAGCAUAGCUGGUUUACCGCAGCUCACCUCUGCCAUCGGCGACCCGACUUUUGACGACACGGCAUCCCAGUUCCCAUAACACCAUGACCAUGCCGAUCAGCACUCCGUCCACUUAACGUCACGCCCUCUUAUCCAUCUAGAAUUAAUGUAUAUUCAAGCUGACUG